GGGAGUUUUGAAAUUUGUAAGCCUGGCAACACACCGCGAAUGAAGUUCUUCACCAGCAUCUACCUACGACAUGUCUGGUAUACAAAAUAAAAAUUUGCCAAUAAUUUGGAUAACGGGCCCGCCUAAUUCCGGCAAAAAAACAAUAGGACGACUUAUUCGGAAUAAAUACGAGUUUGAUUAUAUCAAUAUAACCGAUUUAUUGCGGGAAGAAAUUAAUAAAGAGUCUAGUAGAGCUGUUAUUAUCAAGAGACACAUAAAUGCACAAAAAAAGGUUCCAGAUUAUAUCGUCAUGGACCUUCUGAAAGAGUCAUUGUUGAAUUCAACAACCGACAAAGGAUUUGUGAUAAGCAAUUUUCCUAAAACGAUUAGACAAGCCGAAGCUUUUACAAGAGAAAUCGGUAAUGUUAGCUUUGUAUUUUAUCUUUACACUGGAUUUCCAUUACUAAUCGAUCGCGCCCAACGGAAGUCUCCAGUUCCAUUAGAUCAUGACGUCCUUCGAAGGAAUCUAUCGCUUCAUACCAGAGAGAUAAAAGCUUGUCUUGGAAAAUUUGCCGUGAAAAUUGAAAGUAUAAACACAAGUGGACUACCAGAAGAAACAUUUCCGAAAGUAGAAAGUGCUCUUAUUCGAAGAAUGAAUAUCACAAGACCAAUAAUAACUGAAACCGAUUAUAUUCAAACUCAAAAGAUUCAACAAAAUGAUCAACAACAAAAAUCGCCAUCAAUUGAAAGCAUAAAUCCAGAAGACAUACAAAAUCCAGACAAGUCAAGCAAGCAGGAGGAGUUGAGUAAAGAAGAGGAAUGUAAUAAAAUAAAUGAAAUUGACAGUAAAGAAGAAAUGAAAAUAGUUGAAAAUAAAAUACAGGAGUUGAAAGAAGAGUUGGUGAAUUCCAUUAUGUCUAACGAAAGUGACAUCGAUAAUAUUGUAACGAAAGAUAAUGAAUAUGAGGAAAAAGAAAUCAAAUUUACUGAACUAAAUCAAAAGAGUAUUUAG